AGCAGCGUUGAAAACUUACCAAUAUCAGGAUCCAUUUAUAAAUCAAAUUGUUAGAACACUUCAAGAUCUGUACCAAAUUGGAAUUGGAGUCAAGAAACCAAAGUUGGAGUCAAGAAACCCGAAUCGUAGUCAAGAUGGCUGAUAAGAGGCAGCUCAUCUUCUCAAUCUUAGAAUUCCUUGAGGAUGAGAUCAAAAGUGGAACCCUCGACGAGGAGGCUGUAGAAAGUAUUGAAGUUUCAACACAGUGUUUAGAGACGGCAUAUGGGAUUAACACAAGAGAUCAUGGUGUGCUGAGACCCGAUCGUUCGCUGCGGGAAAUGUUCAAGACUGUCUAUGGAACACCGGAUGCAUCGUUAGGUACAAGUAAUGAUUUGUACAUGGAGCCUGAUAUAAGAAGUCCUUCAGCGCCAGAUGUGUGUUCAUCAGUGACAGCCAAAGACUGCCCACCAUCUGGAGACGAGAAGAAGAAAGCUGAGGAGUCUAAGAACCAAGGCAACGAGUUAAUGAAACAGGAGAGAUACAAUGAAGCAGCUGUGUGCUAUACAAACGCCAUCAGUGUAGAUUCUACUAACGCUGUUUACUACAGUAAUAGAGCUGCAGCAUUCAGCAAGCUAGACAAUCACAAGAGGGCGCUAGAGGACUGCAAUAGAGCCAUCAAUAUUGAUCCCCAGUACAGUAAAGCAUACGGUCGCAUGGGGCUAGCAUAUACGCAUUUGAACGACCUUACAAAGGCAAAGGAUGCUUACGCCAAAGCUGUGGAGCUUGAACCAAGUAACGAUAGCUACCAGGCCAACCUUCGUAUUGCAGAGAAGAAACUGAAAGAUGCAAAUAUAGGGGGUGGUGGUGGUGGGGGCGGGGCCAUGCCUGGCUUUGGACCUGCUCUUGGUGGGAUGGACAUCGGUUCCCUCCUAAACAAUCCAGCGCUGAUGAAUGCAGCGUCUUCGAUUUUACAAAAUCCACAAAUGCAGAGUAUGAUGAGUUCCAUGAUGGGUCAAGCCAUGGAAGGAGACGGUGGUCAGAAUCCAGAACAAGCAGCGAGUAUGGCUAAUCUUUUACAAGUAGGGCAGCAAAUGGCCAGCCAAAUACAGCAACAGAAUCCAGACAUAGUGCAACAGAUACAAGGGAUGCGCAAUAGACAAAACCAACCACCAGGUGGUGCCGAUGACGCCAACCCUAACGCCCCAAAUAACAACGGUAACCAGCAGUCACAAGGAGGACCAGAUCCACCUACAAGUUAAACACACACAAAAAAAAAGCUCUGUGUUCUUUUGUACCACUUUUUUUUUGUCACUGUCAAAACCAGGGCCAAAUU